GUGGCACGUGGUCUCCGGAUCUUAAUCCAUCGGUCUUUCCUUCCUGGGGCCUCGUCAAGACACAAGUGUACUUAAAAGAAACUGACUACGUCUUCGUGAACGAGCAUGAGCCUGGUAGUUUCGACGUCCACCUGCUCCAAGAAGUGUUGUUACAUCCAGACGUGCUCCGUACGUGAUGGACAGCACAUUGAACACUUGGCUGGUGACUGAUGUUGUGCUUGUGUGAGUUGAGGUGACUGUCAUGGUGUGCGGGCAAGUAUUGGGGAUCUUACUUGCAGCACAGACCCUGGGGCCUUCUUGGAGUCAGCCAUUCCCCACAAGCCCCUGCCCUGGUAUAUUUCAGUACCUAGCAGAUUCUUCUGGUAACUGGCAUGGCCUCAUUACCGUCCCAGCACCUCAACCAAGUUACACGUUCAAGAUCACAGUCGAGAUGGCCCUUGAAGCAGUUCUACGUACACAAUAUGUUGGUUCACUAAGACUUUUGGAAAACGAGAAUGUGGUAUGGAGAAGGAUUAACACAGGGGAUAGACAGCCAAUCCAAUUCCACCAGUCCUUUCCUAUAACAUGGCCUUUGCCAACAGUGACAAGUAUCACUUCAAAUGGGAAUGUUAUCUGCAUAGGCAACACACCAAAUAAAGUCUUCACAAAACUGUAUUUGGAACAUAUUCUUUACCCAAUUAGGGGAGCUGCAUUCCCGCAACCAAAUCAAGAUACAAACCAUCCAUUAAGUGGUAUGAAUAAUUUUCAGUAUUUUGAGUAUAACACAAAGAAAAAUCCACUUUAUGGAGUCAAGGAACCACUUGAUUCUUUUCAAGUAGCAUACAACAAAGGCACAUCAUCAAAAGCCGCAUCUUGGCCUUUACAAUCAAAUAUUACAGAAGUCUCUUCAUAUGCAACAGCCUGUCCAAAUGUGUUUCGGUAUCAACAAAGCCGAUCUGGAGAAUGGUAUGGAGUAAUCAGUGUUCCAAACCCUUACCCUAUUGUUGCAAUUGACAUCAGAGUUGAGAUAUAUGUUACAGGAACUAUGCCACUGAUCACCAAUGGAUUUCUUAACCUGGUUAAUAAACUAAAUGAAGAAUGGGACAGGAUACGGAGAGGGGAAAGAUAUUACAUUCAAUACAAAUUAGAUUUUCCCCUGUACCAACCAGAUUCUUCCAUGACUUCUCCAUUGCCUGCUGUCAAGAGUAUCAUUGUAAACAAUGAAGUUCUAUGCAGUGGGAAUAAACCAAGUUUCUCUGCAGUGAGAAUACUUUUAUAUCAACAUUCUAUAUUUAGUGAAAGAUGUACUUCAAGUAGCCUUGACUGUCCUUACAACAUUGAACAAACUAGGCGACCGAUCACACCAACGCUUCCAGUCUACAUACAGACACCUCCAGUCACUGAAAUAAUAACUCCAAGCAGCAAACAGACGCCUAUAGAGUAUGGGCAAACAACAACUAAAGAGCCUUUUAUUCCACCAAUGUACACACCAGUCACUGAAAUAAUAACCCAAAGCAGCAAACCGACACCUAUAGAGUAUGGGCAAACAACAACUAAAGAGCCUAUUAUUCCACCAAUGUACACACCAGUCACUGAAAUAAUAACCCAAAGCAGCAAACCGACACCUAUAGAGUAUGGGCAAACAACAACUAAAGAGCCUAUUAUUCCACCAAUGUACACACCAGUCACUGAAAUAAUAACCCAAAGCAGCAAACCGACACCUAUAGAGUAUGGGCAAACAACAACUAACGAGCCUAUUCUUCCACCAAUGUACACACCAGUCACUGAAAUAAUAACCCCAAGCAGCAAACCGACGCCUAUGGAGUAUGGGCAAACAACGACUAAAGAGCCUAUUCUUCCACCAAUGUACACAACUCUACCAGUAAUACAAAGAACAGGACUCCAAUGUGGAAUGCUGGUAGUGAGAACCAACCCACUCAUCACUUAUGGAGAAGAUACAGUCAUAGGUCAAUGGCCCUGGCAUGCAGCUCUGUACUUGUACAUGAGGCGUGACAUUAGAUACAGGUGUGGUGGAUCUUUAAUUGGCAUCAAAACUGUUAUCACAGCUGCACACUGCGUAACCAAAAAUGAUAAACAACUAGCUCCAGGUGAUAUCAUAGUUUACCUAGGAAGAUAUAACCUCAGAAAUCUGAAUGAGGAAGGCUCACAGAACAGAGAUGUAACCAAAGUAACUGUACAUCCCUCAUACAAUGCCACAUCUACUGUGGGAGAUAUAGCAGUACUUACGCUCUCCACCUCCGUUGAAGUUACUGUAACUGUGAGACCUGUAUGCUUGUGGGACCAAGAGAAUAUUAAUCCUGCAUAUUUGGUUAACAAGGAGGGCUUGGUGGUUGGAUGGGGUUUAAAUGAAUACGAUGAGCCUACAGAGACUCUGAAAAUGGUAACGAUGCCAGUGGUGAGCCAGCAGGCUUGUAUCUGGAGUGAUCCCAACUACUAUUCACAUUUCACAUCCAACACAACCUUUUGUGCAGGAUAUCGAAAUGGCAGCAGUGUCUGUAAUGGUGACAGUGGUGGCGGAAUGGUCUUCCUUAACCAGGACAAUGAUGGCACUCAGAUGUGGAUGCUACGUGGUAUAGUUUCUCACAGUAGGCGAAGAGAUGGUUAUGCUAAUAUAUGUGAUACUAAAAGUUACAUUGUCUUCACAGAUGUUGCACAGUACUUAAGUUGGAUAUACACAAUCUUAAUUUAACAUAUAAUCUAAAGUGCUCAUUAUUUAAAAUGGUAGAGUCUAAGACAUCACUGGAAUUCUAAACCCAUGAGUGAAGAAUUCAAUUUUUAGUUUUCAGCAUCUCUUCUCUCAGAUAUGAUGGAAAUAGACAGUUAUGAAAAGUAAUUACAAACAAUGAUUCCAUAAAACCAGGUGGCUGACAAAUGAUGAUUGCCCGGCUUCGGGGCUGAAUAUUCACCACAAAAUAAAUUCAUUAUUGAAUUGAUUCAUUAAUAUGAUUCAAGAUAUGUAUGAUGGACAUGAGACUUUGAAUGUUACAGCUUGUUUGUUGUAACAUCAACCAACAAGCCAUAAGUGCAAGUUGAAAAAAAAUCAUUUUUUCGUGACGGGAAUAGUAGACAUACAAAAAGACCACUUUUCUCCGAGGCACAUAGGAAGAAAGUUCGGUUACAAGUAGUUCUAGAAACUACACUAAAAUCUUACUUCUGUAUAAUUUUAUAGUCUGUUGUUUUACAGGUCCUCAGUGGUUAUCAUGCCAUAUAGGACAUUCAUAAUAUUGUUAGUUUUAUUAUUUAUUUAUUGUUUAUUUAUUUCCGUUCGAUGUAUACAAUUACAGCAGAAUGAUAAUCGCUGAAUCAAUCUAAAUGCAUUACGGUGUCUUUCGUGUAUAAGAGCUUUCAUAUUUUUCUGAAAUUAUCUCAGACUAGCUAACAUACUUGUUCUUAACCUGAGAACUAAAAUACUAAAAC